AUGCGUUUCUUCAUUGGCCUUAACUUUGUACUUGUGGCCGCCUGUCUGGCCCGAUCCCAGGCACAAGAUGCUUUGAAACUGAACCCUCGUGGAGAAAUCCAAGCUCGCGCCGACGCUCCUCCAACCACUCCAGCAAAAUCAACCGAUACCCCCGCAAAGCCAACCACUCCAGCAAAAUCGACCGAUACCCCCGCAAAACCAACCACUGGACCUAAUACAUCUCAAUUACCAGCUAGCAAAGAUUCCAAAUUAUGCGCUAUGAUUGUGAAGCAAAUGAAGGAAUCUGAAGCCAAGAACAAGAAUGCCGGUCAGCCUGCACCCAAGACAGGAGCAACAACAACCCCCUCUGGUACAUCUCCGAGUCCUAAACCUUCAGCUUCUGGAGUCGCGCGUCGCUCAAAGCUCACAAAAAGAGCUGAUAUUCGCAACUUAAACCGCCGUGAGGCAGCGAGCACCAAGGACGCACCAGCUUCAACCUCUACAGAUUCCAAUUCAUGCAAAGAAAUGGAAACCAUGAUCAAGGCCGCAAGAGCAAAGAUGCAAGCAGACUUGAAACAGGCAAUGCCAGCACCCAAGCAAGACGGUGCCAAGAAAGAAUCUACGCCCAAAUCAAGUUCUACUGAUCCUACCCCCAAGACGAGCCCUACUGAUGGCAAACCCAAGACAAGCCCGACUGAUGCUAAACCUAAAACAGGACCUACUGACUCACUCCCCAAAACUGGCUCUACUGAUCCUACCCCCAAGACGAGCGCUACUGAUGGCAAACCCAAGACGAGCCCUACGGAUGCUAAACCUAAAACAGGACCUACUGACUCACUCCCCAAAACUGGCUCUACUGAUCCUACCCCCAAGACGAGCCCGACUGAUGGCAAACCCAAAACAGGCCCUACUGACUCACUCCCCAAAACUGGCUCUACUGAUCCUACCCCCAAAACUGGCUCUACUGAUCCUACCCCCAAGACGAGCCCGACUGAUGGCAAACCCAAAACAGGACCUACUGACUCACUCCCCAAAACUGGCUCUACUGAUCCUACCCCCAAGACGAGCCCGACUGAUGCUAAACCUAAAACAGGACCUACCGACUCACUCCCCAAAACUGGCUCUACUGAUCCUACCCCCAAGACAAGCCCUACUGACGCAAAACCCGACAAAAGCGCUCCUGAUGCUAAACCCAAAACAGGACCUACUGACCCACUUCCCAAAACUGGAUCCACUGAUGCUAAACCAAGCAAAAGCUCAACUGAUACUAAACCCACUACAGGAACUACUGAUGCUAUCCCAAAAACUGGCUCCACUGAUGCUUAA